AUGGGAGAGACGAGUAAACGUACAGAGCGACGACUCCUGCCUGUGCCGGCAUCCAUGCUUAAGGCGGCGGAGGAUAGUCAAGAUGGCUCCGAAGAGCAGUCGCCCCCAUCAGGCUCACGGAAACAUGUCACUAAAUCAGCAUGUUUAGCUUGCCAAAAACGAAAAACAAAGUGUAGCGGAGAGCGCCCAACUUGCGCCAAGUGCGCCUCCCGAGGCGAUAGUUGUCAGUAUACCACAGAGCUGUUAGACGAGACGCGUGGCCAAGCCCUCAAGAGGAAACAUGAUGAGUUGCAGGCGUUGCAUUCCGCCUACAAGGACAUUUAUGAUUCACUGCAAGCCUCGUCACAUGAAGACGCCGAGGCAGUUCUCAAGAGAAUUCGGACCGGUGUAGACGCCCAAACCAUGCUCAACCAGAUAAAGGACGGCGAUAUUGCGACGCGGUCUUCUAUGGAUGAUGCUAACCCUGUGACGGCUUUAUCUUGUUUCCAGCAGCUGCGCUCGUGGAAGUUUUGUCCCCCUGGCUUGGGCGAAAAAAGACUUCUAGGUGAUUUGGAUGAGUCCACAAUCCUAACUCUUCCUCCGCGACCGCUUGACGCCUACAAGUCUCAAGCCCACGAGGAUAAAUGGACGCAAAUCGGGUGGACCAAAGCCCACAUACAUCACCUAAUGGACGCUGUAUUUACUUGGGACUAUCUGCCGUUUAGCCUGUUCUGCCAUGAUCUUUUCAUACGAGACUUCUACGAGAACUCAAAUCGGUUCUGCUCAUCGGCAUUAGUAUGCGCUGUACUCGCUCUCGCAUCCCGGGUAGUUAACGAAGAAAAGGACGACCUCAAGAUUCUUCCCUCUGGAUGGGUUGGAAGUAAAGCAUUCUUUGGAAAAGCCAAAGAUGCCUUGCAGACGGCUUCAUCUAGGAAUAUUGCAGACAUACAGGCAAUCGGAAUCAUCUCGCUCUACCAUCUUCGUUGUGGAGAGGAGGUUGAGGCGCUGGAGCACGCCGAGAUGUUUGUUAGCAGGAUGGACGAGCUUCGCAAGCACAGGGAGCUAAGGCGCAAGUCGGACGAGAAAUACACCCGAGUACGGGACGUUACUUACUGCGGUGCCGUGUCGUUAUAUCGGAUGCUGCUUCUGACAACUGGUAAACUUUUUAAUAUGCAAUCUCCUACGCCACAGGGAAAUUCACCUGUCGCAGAAACGCUAUAUUCUGCGACGGAAACCGGCGAUGAAAAGACUGGCCAGAAAUUAGCUUUCGCCGCGGGUUUAGGGAAUAAGUUGCUGCUCUCUGGGCUUCAGCUUAUUUCCACACGUGUUUUCGAGCUAACAGAAUUGGUCUACUACUUCGUUUUGUCGGCACAGUUCAACACCAAAGGUGCGUCCAGCGAGGCGAAGGCAUUCUACCGGAACUGCCUCGACUGGUAUGAGGAUUUCUUCAACUAUGCCGAAAACGACUGCGGUAGAACCCCGUUCCUUCUCUUUGCUCACAUAUACUAUCACUUCUGCCUCUUAUGCGCGUUUAGACCACUGGUCGGCGUUUAUACCGAGGAAGACGGCAUCCAACCACAUCGGAUAUGCAAGGAGGCGGCGCAAUCCGUUUUGGCACUGGUUCAAUCCUACGACGACCUCUUUUCCCUAAGGCGCGUGUCUGGCCUUAUGCCCUACUUCGUUUGCGCCUCCGGCCUCUUCGGCAUGACAAUGGAAACGGAUGGCAUGAGCAUGAACCCGGUGCAUUUGCGUCUGAAACAUCAUCCUCCAGGGAAUAGAGCAGCAGAUAGGUCGCGACCGUCCGAUAUAAACCUUGACAAUCUCUCCGCGACCUCGUCGUACAUCACCAUGUCGGCGACAGAUCAUGCGCGCCAGCUGCUGACGAGGAUGUCGUUGGCGCAUCCGGUGGCUCAAAUGGCCAGAAAUGAGCUUUGA